CAUUAACCACCCCAACAAAAGAAAGAAAAAGGAAAAAGAAAAAAAAAAAGCACACACACUAUUCGACUAAAUGCCUGAAUGAAAAUAAAUCUCUUAACUUUGUUGCCUUUGAUCCACACUUUUCCUUCAUCAUUUAAGUCAUUGUUCCUAUUCCACUAUUAUUGAGCAACAUCAAAUCAUAAUAACUUGUCAUGUUGAAUGAGCAAUUUGCUUCCACAAGCCAUGCAGCAAGAACAACAACACAACAUGGACAUGGUGGUGGUGAUGAUGAUCAAGAAGAAGAAGAACACACCAUAAGAGAAAUUCAUGCCUUAACACCACCUAGACCCCCAGCAACAACAAACCAUGGGAAUAGGAGAAGAGAAGCUUGGGAAACUCAUCACAGCCACCGUUCAUCUUCUUUGUCCAUGGCAAGCACAGAUGGUGGUUCAAGUGAGAACUUCACAAGCAUGAGUAGGGAGUUCAGUGCUCUUGUUCUUGCAGGUUCAACUAUUGAUCAUAACAACAUCAACACUACUAGCAGCUCCAUGAUCAUGAACACUGGCCAUGACAACACUGAAAUUAUUGGAGGAGGAAACAACAAUACCAGCAGCAACAACAACAACAAUAACUUGUUGGGGAGGAUUAGAGAAGAGGACAUGAUGGAAGAGACUAACCCUUUGGCUAUUGUUCCAGAUAACCAUCCAUUGGAUCCUCUUCCAUCACCAAGAGGAAUGACUAGUGGUGGUGCAGGUUCUAGUAGUGGUCAUCAUCAACAUCAACAUCAUCAUCAUCAAGUAGUUGAAGAGGUUUCAGUGCAAAGGGUGAAGAAGGAGGAGGUUGAUGCAAAGAUAUCAGCAUGGCAGAACAACAAGAUUGCAAAGAUUAACAACAGAUUCAAGAGAGAGGAUGCUGUCAUCAAAGGCUGGGAGAGUGAGCAGGUUCAGAAGGCUACUUCUUGGAUGAAGAAAGUUGAGAGGAAACUGGAAGAGAAAAGAGCAAGAGCAAUGGAGAAAAUGCAAAAUGAGGUAGCAAAGGCUCAUAGGAAAGCAGAGGAGAGAAGGGCAUCAGCAGAGGCUAAAAGAGGAACCAAAGUUGCAAGGGUUCUUGAGAUUGCUUCCCUCAUGAGAGCUGUUGGAAGACCCCCUUCCAAAAAAUCCUUCUUCAAAAGUUAAGCCUUGUAAUGUUUUUGUUUUUUUUUUUUAAACAAAUUUUUACACAAAACAAAAACAAUAAUAAUAAAAAGAGAGACGAUUAUGAGUGUAAUAGAUGCUAUAGUCUGUGAGAGCCCCUUUUCCUUUUUCAAUUAAAGGGUGCUAGAGGGCUUGCAAUGAUCAGCAAUAUUUAAGGGAAAAAAGAAAAAAAAAAAGAGAGAGAGAGAGAAUAAGGAGAUAUGUAUCAUAUUAUUAUUGUAUGAAAAGUUAAACCAAUUGGAGUGUUUUUGAGUGAUUGAUUA